UAUCGAGCCCGUGGAGGUGUUGUGCGGCUGUGCCUGCGCGCGCCAAGUGUUUGCGUUAAUGCCGCAGCGUGUGGCGCCGCCACGCGAUGGCGUCCUCGGUUGUUGGAGGAUUUUGUCUGGGUAAUCGGAUUUGCAGCUUAGGGUGGGCUGGAGUGGUGCUUUGAGAUUCGUCUCAGUUUUAGAGUUCCCUGGAGCGGAGCGCGGAUGAUUCCGGGAGUGACGCGGUUGCGUUUCAUGGGAGUAAAUCGAGGCAACGAGUAGCUCGAAAUAGAUGCUAAGAAAUCCACUGGUGCGAGUAUAGUCAUAGUGUGUUUAUGUAUGUACCCUGUGCACUUCAUUGUCAGAUUGCUACUUGCAACAUUAUGCUGAAUGUGCUGCAACGACAUGUUAGCCUGGGUCUGCCUGCAAAUGUUAUUAACUGAUGGAUUCACCUGCAUUGCUAGUGUUUUAUAGCAGGAUCUCAUCAUGAUGGUGAUGGUAUUAUAGUCCCUAAAUUUGGUUCAAACUGGGCUGUUCAGGAUCUGAUGAUUCUUAGUGUAAAUGUGACACAUGUAUAAUUUUCAUGCCUACAAUUACCACAGUGGCUCUAUCAGGGACUAUAAAGUCAUAUCAUAUAUUCAAAUAACACAUUUCACUUGUAGUUGUAGUUGCCUUACUGCCACUUAUGUAUUGCUACUAUUGCUGACCUUGGAUUUAGUGCCGCAGUUGAUACUCCAAAGCAUCAAGUUAAUGCUUGAAUGUAUUAUGUGUGAUCUGGAGUAUGUGGUUACGAUUCCAAGGAUGUGUGUGCUGGGUUCUCCCUGCCCGGGGUUACCAGUCGAGAGGUUAUUCUAGUGGUGGAAGCUCCAACAGGCCAAUGAGACAGUUCUCUGAACAGAAUGAGUCAAGUCCCCGACCAUUGAUACACUACAUUGCUCCAUCAGCACUACUAUGUUUUGCUGGAUUAGUUGCUUUUGUUCAUUACAAUGAUGAGAAGCGUGCGGUUCCCUUAGCUAAAGGGGGAGGACUUACCGGUGUUCCUAAAAGGUGUACUACCAAUAGACCUGCAAUAGGAGGACCAUUUAAGCUAUAUGAUACUGAAAACAAUGUGGUGACUGAAUCGAAGCUUCGAGGAAGCUGGACUCUGAUGUGCUUUGGCUAUACAUCAUGUCCAGAUGUGGGGCCAGCAGAAGUUCAGAAGAUGGCUGACGUUAUCAAGCUGUUAGAGUCGAAAUAUGGUAUCAAGAUUACACCACUCUUUAUCACAAUUGAUCCUCAACGUGAUUCACCUUCUCAGCUUAAGGCAUACCUUAGUGAAUUUGACCCGAGAAUAGUAGGACUAACGGGUCCCAUCAGUGCAGUAAGACAGAUUGCACAGGAAUACCGUGUUUUCUUUAAAAGGGUGGAGGAAGUUGGUCAGGACUAUCUUGUAGAAAGCUCUCAUAACAUGUACUUGCUAGAUCCAUGCUUGGAGACAGUAAGAUGCUUUGGAGUGGAGUACGAGGCAUCAGAUCUUGCUGAGGCGAUAACAACGGAGGUCAAGAAAGCAUCUGCUUCAUCAACAAAUUAGUCUAGCGGCCCCAACAUGGCAGUGUCAGCAGUCCCUCUAAUAUUUGCUUCAAAGCACCUCCUCGCCCGUGUAUAGCUAGCCUCACAAAAGGGGUCAGAGUGGACCUUCCAUCCAGCUUCGCCUUGAAUCACAACCUAUCCGAACUCCCAUUUCUCCCGCUUGCUGUCUUAAGAUCUGAGCUCAAGUGUACAGAAUGGUCCUCUUCAUGCGAAGUCUCUUCAGAAUUACAAAUCACUUGCAGUUACAAUUUUGUGACCGGUGGAUGAUCUUACAAUACACAGCAGCAUUACUCCGCUGCCCUAAAUGUGCCAAAUGACCUGCUACUUGCAGGUUCUGUAGCCCAGAUUCAUGAACCGGCUU